AUGAAUGGUGUGCUUCUCAGGCGAGACGUCCUGAGCCUGGAGAAGCUGGAGGCGCAGCUCAAAGCCUGUCUGUGCCGAUUCUCUUUCUCCAAAGCCAAGCCUUCGGUCCUCGCUCUGUCCCUCCUAAUCCACGACAUCCCAUCCGUCCAAUCAGAAGACAUGCUGGAGGUCACCACACAGAUCCAGAGACACCUCAAGAUCCGGAAGUCGGAGCUGAGCUGCUGGGGGGAGCGCGUGGCCUGUUGCCUCUCAGUCUACUCCUCUGCACACUGCACCAAACCUGACCACCGGCGGCUGCAGUGGGUCAUCUCCCGCCGCACCGCUCACACUCUGCACGCCACCCGCACUGUGCCCGAGCUGCCCACCAUCCCAGAGAGCAACUGGGACCACAACAGUGAGGACUCGGACACACUCAGCUCCGGAGAAGAGUCCAUGUGCUCAGGGGAGGAGCCACUGAGCUGA